CUAUUGUUUGCUACUGUUCAUUUCUAAAACAGCCACUCGUCAAAAUAAAUCUAUAAAAGUUGCUCUCUGAAUGCAGCCAGUGUUAUAAACAAAUGCUGAAAAAAGAAAGGAAUAAGAGUCUAAGAAAACUAAGUUUCGCUUGAAAAAUUAAUUUCGUUUCUUUUAUGACAUUUAAAUUGUACAAAAUUUAAUCUAACACGUUUUAUUACCUUCAAAUUAUUUUGUAUUUCCAUUUGUCUUGGUGGUCAUCAUGAAGUUACCAAUCCUCAUAGCCGUAUAUAGUUUAUCGGUUUGUCUUGCCUAUUACCAAAGUCCAGUGUACAGCACAAUUUGUAAGCGAACUGGCGGCUCAAUAACUUGUUAUCAAAACAAUACUUGGGGCUUUGAUGAGCGGAAUAAUACAUGUUAUCUUGUGCCAAUGAAUAAAGAGCCAUGCGGAUUCUUUGAUGGAGAAAAGGGUUGCAAGGACUUUUGUCUUAAUUCUUUGGAAUAUCUACGAAGACCCAAAGGAAAUUAAAUAGAAAUUGAACUAAAAAUAAAUUAAUAUUACU